AUGCCAGAAGUGUUCUACGACGACGAUCUUUCUCCGCCUGCCUCUCUCAAGUCAUCGGAGGAGCACCACCGUCUAACCUUCGGUUCAGCCAAUGACUCGUCAGACUCGCUGCGAAACCUCGAGCUCUCGGAGGGACCUAUGUCAGAGAGAGGGCGGCCCAGGUCAUACUCAAUAACAGGCUUCGACUUCCAGCGCGACCUACUACCCUUAAGCUCGAGUUUGAGUGAGCCGGAUACGUCGAGAGGGGAAAGUGGGCAGAAGGAUAUUACUUUGCUGCAUGGUAUCGGGCUUAUCGUCGGGGUUCAAAUUGGAUCAGGAAUCUUCUCCUCACCAGGAGUUGUCGUUGCGAAUACUCAGAGCGUUGGGGCUAGCUUGGUUGUAUGGCUUGUUUCUGGAUUGCUUGCUUGGACGGGAGCCAGCAGCUUCGCAGAAUUAGGCUCCAGCAUACCGCUGAACGGUGGAGCGCAGGCAUAUCUCGCGUACGCGUAUGGGCCACUUGUAUCCUACCUGUUUACUUGGACAGCGAUCGCAGCACUGAAACCUGGUGGAAACGCGGUCAUUAGUCUCAUCUUUGCUGAAUAUAUGAACCGGCUCAUAUGGCACGCCGCCCGUGACGAGGUAUCACCAGACGAUAUUCCCCAAUGGGCUAUCAAACUCACUGCGGUGGCAGCAGUGCUCGUCGUUGUUGUGAUAUGUACAGCUACGCGGAAUUUGGGCACUAGGGCUGCUGUGGUGUUCACUACGGUGAAGGUGCGUUUGUUGCUGGUGUUUGUGAUCGUGCUGGGUAUGAUACAGCUGAUUCGGGGGAAAGCGUCGGAAUCGUUCUCACAGCCACUAUUUGAGGACUCCAGUCAUAGUCCGUCAGCAUAUUCGUUAGCUCUUUACUCUGGGCUAUGGGCAUUCGAUGGAUGGGAUCAGGCCAACUAUGUCGGAGGAGAGAUGAAGAACGCCGGUAGAAAUAUUCCAAGAGCCAUUCAUGCAAGUAUGGUGAUCGUGAUGAUCCUUUUCUUAUUAGCGAAUGUGUCAUAUUUCGUGGUGCUAGACAAAGUCACCGUUGGCGUGAGCAACACGGUUGCCAUGGAUUUCGGUCGAGCACUCUUUGGACCAGCGGGCGGUGUAGUUUUUGCUGUGAUGGUUGCGGUCUCUUGCUUCGGAGCGCUGAACGGGAGUACCUUUACUUCUGCACGCCUCAUCUGCGUCGCCGGUCGAGAGGGAUACAUUCCUGCCAUGUUUGGUCGCCUGAAUAAGUCGAGGCAAACGCCAGUCAAUGCAAUUCUCCUCCAAGCGGUCAUCACUAUCGUGUUCAUCGUUUUCGGAGGUGGUUUUCGUUCGCUGAUCAACUUCUCCGUUGUGGCGUCCUGGUCAUUCUUUUUCCUUACUGUUUUGGGCCUUGUCAUACUUCGUGUGAAAGAACCUAUGCUAGAAAGACCUUAUAAAACAUGGAUUGUGACCCCGCUGACGUUCUGCGCCGUCGCGCUAUUUUUGCUGUGUAUGCCAAUUAUCGCAGCCCCCCUAGAAGCUAUGGCUGUUUUAGGUUUCGUGUUGGCAGGAAUACCAGUAUAUUACUUGACGAACCUUGAUCAAGCCAGUUUGCCUGCCUUUCUUGGGUUUUUCAGUACUUGUGUUGCUAGAAUUAGAGGUCAGCCGUCCGCGGGCACGGGAUGGCAAGCGGUGGCCACGGAGGGUGAUGAGGUGGAGAUGGUUGAUAAUCGGACUUCACGUUUAAGCAGUUGA